AUAGGUGGGUUCCCCUGUCGAUCUUCAUUCUCAUCAAUUUCUCUACAGAUAUUGCAAAUGAAGUGCCUGCCGUUCUUCAGCAGAGAAGUGAAGUGUAAAGAUGAAGAAGAAGAAGGAACUAGAGCCGUUCCUUCUUCAAACUCUAGCUCGGAUAUGAACUCUCCAGAGAACGAUUCAUUCUCAAGUCUUUUACAAAGUAAAAGUAAUCUGAAUGUUAUAGCAUUCACUCUAUCCGAGAUGAAAACAGCCACCAAGAAUUUCAGUCGAAGUUCCAAAAUUGGUGAAGGUGGAUUCGGGUGUGUAUACAAAGGUUUGAUUAAGUGUGAUUCUUCAGAUUUGAUUAAUAAGAAGAAGAAAGUUGAAGUUGCUGUUAAACAGCUAGGAACAAGAGGAAUUCAGGGGCAUAAGGAAUGGGUGGCUGAAGUGAACUUUCUUGGCAUUGUUGAGCAUGAAAACUUAGUUAAAUUGGUUGGUUAUUGUGCUGAAGAUGAUGAAAGGGGAAUCCAAAGAAUUCUUGUUUAUGAAUAUAUGCCCAAUGGAAGUGUAGAUCGUCAUUUAUCGGCGACUAAGUCGUCGAUAACGCCACUUUCGUGGGCACUUAGAUUGAAAGUCGCGAGAGAUGCUGCCCGAGGAUUAGCACAUUUGCAUGAAGGCAUGGAAUUUCAGAUUAUAUUCCGAGAUUUCAAAUCUUCUAAUAUUCUUCUCGACGAGAAUUGGAAUGCUAAGUUGUCUGACUUUGGAUUGGCUAGACUAGGACCCGAGGAAGGAUUCACACAUGUCACAACCGGGGUUAAGGGAACAUUGGGAUAUGCAGCACCGGAAUACAUGCAAACAGGUCAUUUGACGUCGAAGAGCGAUGUUUGGGGAUACGGGGUAUUCCUUUAUGAACUAAUAACGGGGAGGCGACCAAUGGAUAGGAAUCGCCCGAGCAGAGAGCAACAACUGUUGAUAUGGAUAAGGCCAUAUUUGUCGAGUGAAAGGAAGUUUAGGCAGAUAUUGGAUCCACGGCUCGAUUGGAAGCAACAUAAUUCCAACAGGUGUGCAUUUAAGAUUGCAAAGGUUGCCAACUUGUGCUUGAAUCGAAAUGCAAAGUCGCGACCGAAAAUGAGUGAGGUUUUGAGAAUGGUGGACGAGAUUCUCGAGUCAUGGAAUCAAACCAAGGGGAAGGAGGAAGCCUUGGAAGGAAAAGCUACGAUGAAGCCGAAGCCUGAAGAAAGACAUUGGUUUGUUCGAACGUGUAGUGGAAUAGUCACGAAUUGAGAAAUUUGAUGUUUUUUUAGCUAGUUAUUGUCAUGUUUUAUGUUAGCUGAAAAAUAUGAAGAUUGUUUUUCAGAUUGUAUAUAAGUCUUUUAAGGAUAAUUGUUUUUGGUA